AUUAGCAUUCACAAUGGACUAGGACAGCAUUGAGCAGACAUGGGCGCCAUUUUCUUGUGACCACACAUGGGAUUUUUCCUCCCAUCCUACAGUUGAGCUUCUGGCAAAGUCAGAACAGCACAAUGUGAAGUGAACAUGCUUCAUCAUGACCUCAUAUAUCCUGUUGACUGCGUUUACCUGGACAUUCAAGGGGAUAUUGUGCACCUGCAGGUUCCUCUGGAUAUGCCCAUAUAAUGCCAUCAAAUUCUUGCCUAGGGAGAGGCACAUUCAAGAACACACGAGCCGACAGCUGAAACAAUUUGUGGGUUCUGAAAGUAAAGGGUUUGCAGUCAUACCAGGCAGCCCAGACCACGAAGGAGCUCUUCAUAAAAGGCUGACAAAAACCGAGAAAGAGAUUCUGGCAAUCAAGGCCAGGGCCGCCUGUGAGAAAGCAUCAUGGGAGAGGAGGUUUACGCAGCUGCAGAGAAAGCACGAGGAUCUAUGUAAUCAGCUGGCCUCUCAGGCUGUGUUGGUGAGAGAGGCUGGUUGUGAUGAAGAGUCGGUGGGGAACAAUGGAGAAACACUUGAGGAGUGUUCAAGAGGUCUCACAAGAAUCAUGCACCAACACAAAGGGUCUGAUGUGUCAACAAGAGGCGACGUAAGCAGUUUGUCAGGCAGCCAGUUCUUCUCAUCAGUGACUCUGAGCCCAAGACCUUCCUCCUCCUCCUCAUCUUCAGCCUCCAGUGUGAGGUCAUGGAGGUCGUCCAAAGGUCCUCACCGGGUUUUUGUUCCCCAUUCCCCCAUGGACCUGGAGCUGGGUCACCGGGUCAGGAUCAUGCUGCCGUCGGGACGGGUCAGCACGGGAACGAUCCGUUACCUGGGCCACCUGCAGGGGGAGGCAGAGCUCCAUCUGGGGGUGCAGCUGCUGACACCUGAUCACGGAUUGCAUGGUGGCAGCCACAGGGGACACAGCUACUUUGAAUGCAAUCCUGGCUAUGGCGCCUUUGUACCUUUCCACAAACUACUGAUGGCCUGGGAGUGACAGAAGUACAGACUCCUGAUUUAGAGCCAACUGGAUGCAUGGCAAGAGGGCCAAGAAAGCAAAAGAGUAGUUACAUUAAUUCAUUCUAAAAAUGUAUUAUAAAGAGAUAAAUCUUUGUAUCAAAGUAUUUAAAAAAAGUGUGUAUUGUCUUAUGUCUUAUUCCCAAUAACAAUACCUUGUUGAAUACUUCUGUUUUGUGAGCUUUGGUACCCAGUAAUGUUGGACAUGCAGAAAUAAAUGGCUGUUCUUUU